GGUUACGGUGAUAACAUAAUAAAUGACAUUAAGUCGGUGCAAAUUAAAAAUGUUAAUUAAAUUAUUGUGAUAAUCAUGUGCUAAUUAGUGAACAAUAGACAUAUAUAAGUGAUGGUGUAAAAAUUUGGGCGAUGGUGCAUUACUGGAUGAUGUCAUGGCGGUUGUGGAUACCACUGCUGUUCUGCGCUUUAGGACAAGGAAGCGCUCAAGCGACAGACGUCGACGUGAGACUCGCAGCGCCGAGCUGGGUGGCGCGCGGAGGGUCGGCCACCCUCCGGUGCCUGCACCAGGUGCCGCCGCAGCUCCUGUACAAAGUCGAGUUCCUGAGAUCCGAGGCCAAACUACUGCAGUAUGUGAGGGAGAGAGUACCCCCGUUCACGAACUAUACUAUUCCAGGAGGGAGGAUUAAUAUGUCCCUAGCGACGGAAAACUCUAUAACCAUAGAAAAUCUGGAGCCAUCAGCGUCCGGACUGUAUUGGUGUGAGGUGUCCCUGGAGACUCCCAUCUUCACCGCAGCCUCCCUUCCUCAUAGGCUGACUGUCGUCUACGCACAGAAACACCCCCCGAUCAUAACAUUUGGCAAGCCAGACGUAGUGGUUGGCGGCCUGCUGCGAGCCAACUGCACAAGUGCGCCGGCCGCUCCUGCUCCUCGGCUCACUUGGUACAUUGACAAUGAAAAGGUUCCCGAGGACUCAGUAAAAUACUUCUCCUAUCGCGUCUCCAGCUCCACAAGGACCAAAGGUGGAGGAGGUUACCGUCAUAGGAAACACCAGCACCGAUACAUUGCCCCCGAGUUCAACUACACUGCCAAAUAUUGGGCAUUGAUCAGCGAGACCACUUACUCUCCACCAGUCAACUUAACCAAACAUCAUAAGUGUACAUUGAAGGAGUCCCAAACGGAAGAAAUGGCGAAGAUGCAAGAAAAGCCUCGGCCCCCGCCAGUAACUCCAAUAUCCUUGUGGGUGUCUAUAGCAGAACUCCGAGCUCCAGCGCACGGCAGGCUUCAGUUAACAUGCACGGCGACUAUACCUGACGAAGUGGGUCCUGGUGAAAAAUAUGCUGAUAUCAAGAAACAGACCGUGGCUGUGGCAAUGAACGAGUUGAAUCUGAAAAGGCCACGUUCAGAAACGAGCCAAGCUAACGCGACAGCCGUUUCCAUCCAAAAUUACCACCCACUUUGGCUUCUCGGCUACGGAAUCUUGCUCCACGAGCUCCAACUACAAUUACUUUAAACAAAGCAUACUAGCCAACGGACGCCACGCCUCGGAUUUAUAUGUAUAGUUAAUUAAUAUAUUGCUUACAUGUCUUUUGUUUAUACAAUAUUGUUUUAUCCUAUAUCAACGCUUUCGUCUCACUUUCAAGGUAAAAUGGUUGUCCCUAACUGAAUUUGUUUUGCUAGAAAUUUUACGGAUAUCCAUUUAGAUAUACUUAUAGUUAUAUUCCUGUUUAACGUAAAACCUUUUGCUUAUAGAAAUAUAAAAUAAUAUUAGAAUAUAUUUUUACUGUGUUCAUACAAUAAUGUUCAAUUGUGGAAAUAAGUUUAUAUUGUUACAGAAAUUAUAUAAUUUAUAAGAUGUUACAGAUUGUCGGACACGCGUUACCACUUAUCUUCCUGAGCUUCUGAAUCUAAGUCAAUUAUAAUAUCUUGUCUAAUCUGAUUGCACCUACAGGGUAUUGUUUGUAUUUAUUUCCAAUUAUCUAUUUCUAUACACGAUACAUCCAUUUCCCACUAUCAAACUAUUGCCACUGCAUAGCUAUCCGACAUGCAAGUAUAAUUAUUGUGUAAUCUCUUCUGGUUCUAACAAUACAACUUGUAUAGCGGUUAAAUUCAAAUAGAUGUGUAUUAAACAUUCAUUUCAUAAACAAUGUUAAUGGAUAUGGUAAGAGCAUUAUGUUAUUGAACAUGUUUUGGUUAAUGAGAAACCGCCCUUUGCUUUAUGAUCUAUAAAUUAUGUACAAUAUUAACAUUUCAAAUAUGUACCGAAAAUUUAAUAUAAAUUCAUGUCUUUUCUUGCUAUCGCUUUAAAUGUUGUCUAUAUAGAUUUAAAAUCAUCAUGGAAUAUUCAAAAUAGUAAAAUAUUGAAACUAUAAUGUAGUCUCAAAUAUUCUUGCUCGGUACUAUAUUAGUUACUUUAUUACGUUCACAGAAUAUUUCAUGUUGGUAGGUGAUUUCAAAGUGAGAAUGUAUUUUGUGAAUUAUUGUCUAUGAUAUUUCAGCAGAAUAUUUUCUAUGAUAAAUUAGUGUUAACGCUGUGAAAGCAGAUUAUGGUAUUUAAUCGUAAUUACCAAGAAGAAUUCGAUUCACUUGCAUAAUGGCGAAGUUACAUAUCGCUUUUUCAGAGUUUCAAAUUUACUUUAUCAGUUAUCAGUUAAAAUAUUCUUGGAUCGUGAUUUGUGCAGAGUGUGUCAAGUAAGUCGAAUUCAUUCAUUUGGUGUGAAAGUCUUCCUGCAGCUCUUUACACUGACUAUUGUAGCUGUUUGUUUGUUAGGCUAAAUGAUGUGAUAAGUUAAGAAAAUGUGUAUAUUGAAGCGAAAUAUAUUUUAAAAUAGAUUAAUUAUUUAUGUGCUAUUGUAUAGAAGAAAUUAUAAAAAUAACGUAUUGUAGAAAUAAUAGAUGAAAUAUGAAAUAUAACUGACAAUCGUUUCUGAUUAUUUUUAAUAUAGUUUUAGUUUUACUUACGCUAUAUUAAUAUGUAAAUCAUUUAUUAUGAGAUAAACAUGUGAAACUAGUUAUAUUUUUAAACAUUAACUUAUAUCUUAAGGAUCGUUAUCUCAUGAAUAUUUUGUUUGAUUUCAUUUUAAUGAAACCGUAUAUAAAUUUACAUCUCUACUUGUAACGAGUAACCUUUUUGUCGUAUAUAUCACAAUACAGAGAAAUAAUAUCAUUUAUUUUAAACAAAUCUUAAAAACCAAACAGCGACACAACUUUCAUCCUAAUCUAAUUUUACUACCCCUUGAAGAACAAUUUCACAAAGGGCAGAUAUCACCCACAAUAUAACAUUUACCAGCACUAAAAUAAAUUUGAGACAGAAAAUGCAUUCCAAAUAAUAGAAUAAACAAUAUAUACAAGGACAGGGUAAACAGCAUAAUGAAAUAACUUCGUCAACCGCAAGUUACACUUUUGUGUUGAAAUUUGACUUGGUUGGGCCAACAAGCUGUACUUAUGAUAAUUGGUACUCAGAAUAGAUUUAUGAUGAUAAACAUUUGUUUGUUCUUAUGACAUAACCAUUUAUAUUCUUACUUGUUAUCUUAUUAGAGUCCACCCUGGAUGAUAAGGGGUUUUCUGCGCGUUCGUGUCGUUCUGCGCGUUUCUGGGCCUGGUCUAUUAACAAGGCGUUAUGGUGUGUAGUUAGGCUAUCAAAGACAGUGUUCCGCCAGACGGCUCCUCAGCUAGGCUUUCUUAGCUCAUCCAGUUAAUAGCAAAGAUGAUAAUAUCAUGUUUAAUAUCCAUAUACCACAGUUUAGGGCUCAGUUAACAGUUUCGUGUGGCCGGAUUUCCCCUUCUCGUGUCUUUACAGCCAUCAAAGAAAAUGUCCCAAAACAACUUCCAAUAGGGGACGCUGUUUAAAUUAUCUAAAUAUAUUAUGUAACUGGCCAAUGAUGAUGAUGUUAUGAUAUUUUUGUUAUAAGUAGUUACUGAUUAUAAUUAUUGGAAAUGGUGUUUUAGAAAAGUAGGAUUGUUAUUACAGCUAGUACUGCUGGUUCUGUACUUGGACACAAAUAGUGACAGAUUCGUCUGUUAUGAGUGUUUACAUCUCAGUAGAAACUCAUGACAGACUUCGAUGGAGAGAUAUUGCACUUGGUAAAGCUGUAAUGAUUCCAGAAUAUCUCAGAUUUCGACGGAGUCAAAUGCCUUAUGCAAACAAUCCCAGACACAGAGAACGAUUAUACUCUUUGAAUUUUUGUAUGAACUUUUUCACUGCAUGGAUAUGGUCUAAGGUGCUAUAUUCUCCGCUAAACACCACGCACAGAUACACAGAAGCUUGAAAUAAGUGGAUGUCACAAGUCCAAAACAGUUCAUAACCGCGCUGGUGGAUUUGUUAAUGACGUUGAACUGAAGAAGUAUGGGCAUUAACAUAGAUGGCGAUUAAACCUUAAACUUACGUUUCGCGGACAAUAUAGCCUUAAUAGCGGAAUCUCUGGAAGACCUGUAUCAGAGGCUGAAUGACCUGGCAUCAGCCUCACAGCGUAUAAGUUUUAAAAUUAAUCUAAAUUAAACCAAAUUCAUAAUAAACAAUCCCCUUGGCACAAACUCUGUCGUUGUCAAUGACCGUAUCCUCUGAUUUUCCUCUGAACAUACCUUACAACGAUACUACUAUAACUUACCUUAGGCAACUGGGUAAAUUGACGAUUUGCUGUCGCUGUCUUAAGGUCGCUGGCAGAAACUGGGCUCGAUAAGCUAAAGCCUGGGGGAAAAGACGAAUAUUGGAGGGCACCUUUAUCCAGCAGUUGGCUGCUGAAGGCUGAUGAUGAACGGCAAAGAUGAAA